AUGUGGCCCAGGAGGAUUGCUUGCACAUCCGGAGCCACAGCUCACGCUCUUCGCCCCGGAAUCCGCUCGACAGAUGACCGAUUCGUGAGCCGGCUCCAAAGCUGGCGCGUCAAUAGGAAUGAUUUUGAUGUCCUCCAGACUUUGGCGACAGGCGCCGUUGGCAAGGUAGUGUGCUUGGUUCGCAGCAAACUGGACAAACUGGUGUAUGCAAUGAAGAUUCUCAAGAAAACGGAUCUGCUGACACGGCGCGAAGCGGCUUUCUUUAUGGAAGAAAGAAAUGCGCUGGUGUUUGCCCAGCAAUCCAAGUGGAUGACAACGCUGUACUCGGCGUUCCAAGACGACGAGAACCUCUAUUUGGUCAUGGAAUACGUCUCUGGAGGCUCGGUCCGGAACAUGCUCGACAGCCGGGAAGAGGAUAUGAGCGAAGAUGAAACGCGGUUCUACAUGGCCGAAAUGAUGAUCGCCCUCGACGAGCUCCACAAACUCAGCUUCAUCCACCGAGAUGUCAAGCCAGAAAACUACCUGAUCGAUGCAACGGGACAUAUCAAGCUUGCUGAUUUCGGAUCGUGCAUGAGGAUGAACGAAUCUCGGAUGGUGAACUCGACCGAGACAGUCGGAACGCCCGAUUACAUUUCGCCAGAGAUCCUUCGGGCACAAGAAGGAAACGUGAGCUACGGCCGAGAGUGUGACUGGUGGUCGCUGGGCAUCAUCAUGUAUGAGUUCCUCUUUGGUGAUGUGCCGUUCUACUCCGAAUCACUAUCCAAGACGUACAGUCGCAUCAUGAACCACGAGGUCAGCUCCGUUUCUUGCUUUCACAUGCCUCCUGUGGACAUACUCAUUUGCAAGCGUGAAGUGCGUCUCGGCCGCGAAGGUAGCCACGACAUUCGCGCGCAUCCGUGGUUCCAGAGUGUGCAGUUCGACGGUAUCCGGAACAGCAAGCCUCCAUUUGUCCCCGAACUGAGCGGACCCGACGAUACGCGGUACUUUGAGAAUGAAGAAGAUGAG